AUGUCCACCCCCAACGACGCAGCUGAUGUGUUCAGUCGCCUCACCAUGGAUCAACCCGAGGAGUCGUCGACUGCUGACGCAAACAUCCAUAAUGCGCAUGUGCAGAAGAUGUUGGCGGAUCUGGAAUUGCCCCUGUACCCCGAUAUCGCAAUUACCACAGCAAGGGCCUAA